UGAUCCUGCUAGUGACGGAGGAGAGCGUGGAGAGAGCGAAAUGAGUCCCGAUUCCGUUCCUGUGUCUCCUGGUGAGCCUGACCCGCUGCCCCAGUUAAAAAGGCCUACAGGGGUUGCCGACAUUAGGGAGGAUAGCAAUGUAGGACCUGAUUCCGCAGAUCCAGGUACAUCUACUAUUGACAAUGUAUCUUUUAGAUGGUAUACAAAAGAAUUUGUGCAUCCUCUAAUCAUCUCUGUACAUCUUGCUUCUUCAGAUAACUUGCAGGAGGCAUACGUGGAUUUUGGGAAUAAAGAGGCUAACGCAUCCAUAAGGGAUUUCUCUAUUGAUGAUUUUGACGAGGAAGGCUUGAUCGCGGAGACUCCUACACUCCACUUCAUGUAUAGCUCUCCUCAAUUUGAUGGCCAGUUACCCGGAGAUAUAUUUUCCGAGCCUACGUUCGAUAAGAAUCUUGAGGAUGAUUCUUUCGAAGGAGUUUUUGUUGAGAAUGACCCCGUUGAGCCGGCUAUGGGACCAACUACACCCAAGCUAGCCGAGACAGAAGAGAUAGCUGCUAGGACUUCAGCCACCACCGAGGAGUCCAUCAGGGCUGAGCUGAGACAAGCUUUUGAUGAGAAGCUAUCUAGGCUUAAUCAGCAGAUUUUUGGCCAUAUUCUUGAUGUAUGA